AUAACUUCAAGCUGAAAUCUGUCAGAGGAAUUGUGACCCAUCUCUGCCCCGAUUACGGCUGGAUUAAUGAAACCAUCUUCUUUAAUCCUGACAUGGUGUGUGGAAAUGUUCCAGUAAAUGUUGGAAUGAGCGUCAUUGCUCUUGUAGAAGAGGAUGAAAUAACUCACGCAGUGAAAACCAUCAAAGUGAAAGCCAUGUCUGAUCCUAUCUAUGGUAUUGAACCAUCAGAAUUUGACAAAAGAUUUUGCAUUAAGUGUGUGACUUAUGCAACAAAGGACAACAUCUUCAUAAGCAAGGAAACAUUUUUCCCCAUGCAACUACUUUCUGGAGGAUUUUUGCCCUUUAAAGGGGACUUGUUGCUGGUUGAGUAUUCCUUGAAGCCAGGUACUUCAAACAUCACAAUUCACGCUUUGAGCCUGCUAAACUCCCAGAAUAUGGAUGAGGUCUGUGUGACCAGUAUUGAUGGAAGAACUGGCGUGGUGGAUGACAUCAUCUUUUUCACCUUGGACUCACUCCAGAAGCCUAAAGACUAUACUCCAGGGCUGUAUGACAUUGUGAAUGUAGUUGCUGUGGACAGCAUUCAACCAAACUGUUCUUGGAGAGCAGUAUCAAUGGUCCCAGUGGAAAUGUGUAUUGACCAGGCCUCGUAA